GUGCUACUAGUACCACUGUCUUCGAUCCGUGUGCAAUCAUCCUUUUGCACCGAGAGCGACUUGGGCCGCCCGCUUCACCACUCACGACAUGGUGCUCUGCCCCAGCUAGUGGAUCAAAGCGGAAGCAACUUCCUCUCCUGAUGCGGCUCGUACCCUCUGAUGUCGAAUGAGGAACCUAAGGGGAACGCUGAGGAGCAGGGGAACGCUCAAGGAUCAUAAUUGGUCUUGAUCAGUCUUUUAGGGCCUCAAAGGGGAGCCCUGCUCCAGCUUAGGAUUAAGGGCGACAUUUUUGGGUACAUAAGCCCUCUCAGUUUGCAAUUUAUGGUGCAGUUUUUCCAGUUGAGCUGGUCCCUCAAAUAUUUUCGUGGCAGCAAGUGUUGGACGAGGACUUGCAUGGCUCAGUGGCAACCAUAAGCCCUUGGAGUGGAGUUGGAGCAAGGGUCCCGAACAGAGAUUCCCAGCUAGCUCGUACUUGAAGUCUAGCUCUUCGAAUUGACUGUCACUGCUGCUCGUUUUCCAGACGCUGACACUGUCCUAUCGCUCAUUUGCUCCGGAACUUGAGCAAGCGUAAAAGGAUUGGAGCUUAGACGUCAUUGUUUCUGUAGUAACAAUCUGGUAACAAUCAGCGGACAGUACAUCAUACUGACUGCUGAGUCUUUGAGACACUCCGUUGAGUUGAUUUUAGAAAAAGCAAAUCUCGGCACAUGCCGUGCAGCUGACGUGGUGGCAACCACAGCAGCCACAUACACAGCAGCAACUAGGAGCGGAAGGUUUUUCACGAUGGGUGCGUUGAGCGAUCACCACCGCAGGAAGCUGAGCUCUGCCAGCAGCAACCGGCUCAGUGAGGAUGGCCGCAUGGGCGGAAGCUUUGCCUCUAGUUCGGGGAGGGGCCUCGCCCCUCACCUCAUGAUGCUUGUGGCUGCCGUUGUGAUUGGCGGGGUGCUGGGCCUGGCAUAUCAACAGCUGCACGAGAAGCACCCAAGUGGAGGUAACGGAAAGGAGCUCAAGAGCGAGCCUGUGGUUACCGCGGAAAAUGGGGGUUUGGAAAUGGACAAGGUGGUUUGGGAUUUGAAUCGAGACCGGGGGGUGCUGGGGGCUGGCAUUUUUGGGGGGGGGCGGAGGGUCAGGGAGGACGGUGACAAGCUUACGGAGUUGGGGGGGUCAGAGAAUUCAGGAGAGCUGAGUGGAAAGACCGUUGCUGCCAAGGGAAUUCCUUCGAAAAGAGAGGGCAAGCUCGGGGAAGGUAUAGAAGGGCAGGAUGGUGUUUCCUCGGGUGAUAUUGAGCGGACAUACGUGCAUCAACCGGGAGAGGUGGUCGCUGAGGACGGGGAGGGGGGGAAGUUUGUUGUUGAUGACAAGGACCGAAUCGUCUUUGUUGAGAAGGAAGGGGUAGAGCACAUGUUGAGGGGGUUGGUUGCGAAGAGGGGGGGCGGAGCAAAGGAGACUGGAGAUAGAGAACACAAAUGAGCCCACUGUUUUGUUCCUGGUUGUGAUUGCUUCUGGAGGAGGGUGACUGAUUCGGACUGUACAUAGAGAUUACACCGCGGAUAGCAGUCAGUGAGCGCAGAUACUUCGUCCUAAAUGAAGAGCACUCGUUAUAACUGGCAUUCCAAGCCUACUGACCUAAGUACAGCUGAAGGUAAUUACGGGUGAUUUUGAAGAGGAUUCAAUGAGUACGAAAGCAAGGAAACCGACUGCAGGACAUGAUGCAAUGAUCUUAUAGUGGCUCGCCACUAGAGCAUCUCUCAAAUGGACCCCGAAUUUCAGUACUUGAGUCCCG